ACUCACAGUGUAUAUAUAUUCAAGUACGCCUAAUUUAUUUUGGUUUUGGUUUUGGUAUGUCGAAAUAGGCCUCUUGCAAAGCACAAUUCGAAUUUGUGGCGCAUCCGUCUUUCGUAGUUACUUAAGAACAGACGUAUAUAUUUUUAUGCCUUAAAGAAAUAGCUUUCCAAAUUUGAAGGACCAGGUGAAUAUGAUUUAUUGGUGGUGAUCCACAAAUUGACGUCGGAUUUCAAGUCUUUGGUUGUUGCGACAUGGCCUUACGAUAUAUUAACAAUAGCCAACGAAGUAGCGUUCAUCUAAGUAGUUUUCUGUCCUCGAACGUCAAGACAGAACAUCAGGUGAUUUUUAAGGCUGUGAGGAUCCAGUCUUUUUGUGAAUGCGCCAGCAAAAUAUGUUCGUAAUACUUGCCAUACUAGAGAAUUUCAAUGUUUCAUGACUUCGUCCGAGAAAUGAAACUGUGUGUGUAAGCAAUCUGAUCUUAAACUUUAAACAAUCCAAUGGUCUUCUCUCACAUAAUAAAUCCUCCUUCCAAAGAACACACUGUAUAUCAACACCAAUAUCAUCGGGCGCUCAACAGUAAAGGAAUAACAAAUCACCUCUUAACCUGUGGUAAGACGGUGUGAAUUCGUUGAAGAGUCUCAGUCUGUCUUCCCAAAGCCAAUCAAAAAAACUUUUUUGUUUCAUUCCAUUGCCAUUAUUGGAACAAAUGACGUCACUGUGCCAACAAUAGAAUAUCUAGAUAAAAUAGGAAAUUUUAACUUCACAAGAAGACAGCUGGAUGAUAAUACAUUUCUAGAUAUGGAUCGCAAUUGGAUGUCGUGUACAUGUGUUGUUGGGAGUGUAAAGUUAUUGGAUAUUGUUACUGUCACUUGGAAAGGAGGUCUUUUUGGUGAUUGGUCAGUUAACCAUAGCCAAAUAAACCAAGUUUAUUCCCGGAUAACAACAAGAGACCCGUCAAUUAGAGCCAUUAGAGCCCGUCUUCGACUUAAUUUGCCGCUUCUUGAUCAACGAAUAUUUGGUCAAUAUCAGUGUUUAUUUAGUUUUUCAAAGUCAGAAUAUGCUGUAGCAACAGUUCAUUUAAAUGUACCUCCCAUUUUACGUCUGAUUUAUGAUCCUCCACCGUUACCUCCGUCUAAUUCAUCUGGUCGUUAUACGUGUAUGAGUAGUCCAUGUCAAUUAUCAGUUAAUGAAAAUAAUUCAAAUUGGACAAAUGCUUGUGAAAUUGUUGUAGCUUAUCCACUAGUAAAACCUAAAAAUUUUGCUUGGGCAUGGACACAACCACAAUGGGCAGGUUACAUUAUAAGACGAGUGCAAGAAGUGGGCAAAGCAAAUGUACUUUCUGAUUUUUCAAUGUUAUUAAACGAUGGAGAUACAGAUGGAUAUGGACCAUGGCAAGUACUAGAGCGUAGACGUAGAUUAACUACUAUUAAUAAUGAAGUGAAAAAUUAUGAUCUAGCUAAAUCUGGCCCCAUUCUGUUUUGGUGUUGGGCUAAAAAUGACAUUGGAGAGACAACAACAUGGUGGCCUGGUCCUGUUGAAAAUUAUAGAUAUUCAAUUUGGUCAUCUGUUUGGUGGCCUUUACUUGGUGUUUCACUUGAAUUAUUAAGUUUAGUCAUAGUAUUUGCGUUUUUCCGUUACUGUCGUCGACAAAGAAAUCGUUAUGGACUAAAUAAUGAUACACCAGAGACUGCAGUUUCGUUCGGUCGUUCACGUCUACUAGACAUAGAUGUAGAUGGAGAUCAAGUUGAAAUGAUGAAAGUAGUUAAUCCUGCAUCUAUAAACACAUCAUCAACAUCAUCCAAUUCAUCACAUAAUUUACAUACUCGCGGACCCAUACCUUAUAUACGUUUAUGCAAUCAAAAAAUUAAUCAUAUGAAGGAUAAACAUACCGCUAAUACUACUACUACUACUGCUACUACGGAUAAUCAUGGCAAUGAUAACAAUAAUAAUCAUUAUUUAACAAAAGCCAACAUGAGUAAUCAAGUGACCGGUGGUUAUUCAAAUCCUAAUUUAAUUCAAGACUCAAUAGAUGCUGAAGUUGAUGCUAUGGUGGUCAAUGUACAAAAAUUAUCAAAUGAACAUGACUUAAAUGCUGAUGAUGAUUAUUUUUGGGAUUCUGAUACUGGAAAUAACGAUGAAGAUAAACGAAUUAAAAUAAGGAGUAAUCAUCAAACACUUGCUUAAUGUUAUAAAUAUAUACUGUACGUGGAAGAAAAAAAUUCAGUAACCGUUUGGAAUGAAAAUAAAUCCACUUAAUCUAACAAAAGUAUGAUUUAUCAAUCGGAAAUAUCUACAACUGCAUAUCAUGAUCAUGAACCUAUCAAAUUAUAUUUUCAAUUGAAGAAUUACUUCCUUUAUUAAAUAUACUUUAACUCUAUUUAUAUCUUAAUGAAAUAUUAUCUGUCCAUUUAAAUAUAAUACGUUUCCAUUCAAAUAUUAAUAAAAUAUAUGUAUCACAAUAAUAAUAAUAAUAAUAAUAA